AUGUCACAGAGUCGGCCUGGGUUGUUCCCAAGUUUGCGCAUGGGUGAGGUCAUCCGCGAAAAGGUCCAAGAUGGCCUGACAGGCGAGCACAAGGAGAUCUCGUAUACCCAGUGCAAGAUCGUCGGCAAUGGAUCGUUCGGUGUCGUGUUUCAGACCAAGAUGGCCCCCAGCGGCGAGGACGCUGCCAUCAAGAGAGUCUUGCAAGACAAGCGGUUCAAGAACCGUGAGCUUCAGAUUAUGCGGAUCGUGCGCCAUCCCAACAUCGUCGAACUGAAGGCUUUCUACUACUCUAACGGCGACAGGAAAGAUGAAGUCUACCUCAAUCUUGUCCUCGAAUACGUCCCCGAAACCGUGUACCGCGCAUCGCGGUAUUUCAACAAGUUGAAGACCACAAUGCCCAUGUUGGAGGUCAAGCUCUACAUCUAUCAACUCUUCCGGUCGCUGGCCUACAUCCACUCACAAGGCAUCUGCCAUCGAGACAUCAAGCCCCAGAAUUUGCUCCUGGACCCCAAUACUGGCAUUCUGAAGCUCUGCGAUUUCGGUUCCGCCAAGAUUCUCAUCGAAAACGAACCCAAUGUGUCCUACAUCUGUUCUCGUUACUACCGAGCGCCUGAGUUGAUCUUCGGUGCUACUAACUACACGACGAAGAUUGAUGUCUGGUCAACUGGUUGUGUGAUGGCUGAACUGAUGCUGGGCCAACCCCUCUUCCCUGGUGAAUCGGGCAUUGACCAGCUGGUGGAAAUCAUCAAGGUGCUCGGCACCCCGACUCGGGAGCAGAUUCGCACCAUGAACCCCAAUUACAUGGAGCACAAGUUCCCUCAAAUCAAGCCCCAUCCCUUCAAUAAGGUCUUCCGCAAGGCGCCCCCAGAGGCCAUUGACCUGAUCUCGGCGCUCCUGGAAUACACUCCUACCCAACGGUUGUCGGCCAUUGAAGCCAUGUGCCAUCCCUUCUUCGACGAACUGCGGGAUCCGGCUACUCGGUUCCCCGACUCGCGACACCACAACAACCCGCCCAAGGACUUGCCCGCUCUCUUCAACUUCACACGGCAUGAACUCUCGAUUGCCCCCGAAUUGAACGCCCAGAUCGUCCCCCCUCACGCUCGCGCAGAUCUUGAAGCACAAGGUCUCGACAUCAACAACUUCAAGCCUCUAUCCAAAGAGGAGAUGAUGGCUCACCUCGAUUGA